UCAGACCAGAUCCAGGACGCGCAGGGCAAGCUGAGGACGGCAGCAGACAGUGCACUCGAGCCCCUCAGCAAGGACAUCGCCGGCUCCAUCAUCCAGCACCUAAAGCGCAACGCGGGCCAGGGAGCUGACUGGUGGAGGGCGCCAGAACUAAAGGCAAUGGGCGCCCAGGGGCUCAAGGAGUUCGUGCAGUGCCUCCACAACUGCGAGGAGCGCGCGGCGUGGCCAUGGCAGUUCUACUUGCUGUUGGAGCUGCUGCUGGGCAAAAAGCCAGGCAUAGGAGGCGAGCGACCCAUCGGCCUCAUGCCCAUGCCCUACCGUAUCUGGAGUGCGGCCAGACGGCCCAUCAUCGCCACCUGGGGCAAGGAGGCGGCAGGUUUCUGGGACACGGCAAGUGGCGAUGCACAGGCUGAUGAGGGCAGAGGCGGCAGUGCAAAUGUGCUUCCACGCAGCAGGCAUUUCUACGAUGUGGCCAACUUCUAUGAUCACAUUGGCCUCGACCAGCUGAUCGAGAAGGCCAGCGACCCCAACUUCCCCUUGCUGCCCCUGGCCAUGGCAGUGCAGAUGCACCUGGCGCCGAGGGCCAUCAUGGCCCACAGCCUUUUCUCCGACAUCUUCGAGCCCGCCAGCAGCAUGGUAGCAGGUUGUGGCCAGGCCGUGGACCUCACGAGGCCGCCCCUCUACGGUAGCAUGGAUGCAGCGCACAUGCACCACAUCUACAUCGAAGGAGCAAGAAAGCAGGUCAUAGAUCAGGUGAAAUACGUGGCUGCAUUGGCGCACCAGGGUUUCGCGAAGCUCUCCAUCCCGAUAUCCAUCAAGACGGCAGUCGAGGCCUCCGACAAGGACCUCCAGCAGGAGAUUGCCAGCAUCCUGGAUGGCCUGGGCACCCCGAAUAAGCAGCCAGGGGUUGUCCGAGACUUGGGCGUGGACACGGGGCUGGGCAAGCAGCUGAAGCGGCCUACCCAUGCAGCCAGGCAGGCGAAAGCAAAGCAGCGCGUCGCAAAGCACAAGGACAUCGCCAAGACGGACGCCAGAGGUGCAGCCAAGGUAUACGCAGCAGGGGCCCAUUGCCAACAAGUCUGGGACCUGCCAGCGCACGGCACCACCCCCACGGAGGCGACCAAGGUCAGGGCCACAGAGGCAGCGCUGCUCACAGGAGGGCACAAAGCAGGCCGAUGCACAUCCACCAUCCUCCUGAUCCAGAGGGGCGCGCAGGAGGCGGUUACCAGGGCCAUCGUGGACCAAGUCAAGCAGCUCUGGCUCACCAUCGUUGACCACCCGACGGGGCUCAAGCGAUACCAGAGAGGUUGGCGCAUGCUGUGCGACAAGCUGCAGGCCCUGGGGCCCCACAGGAGGUGGAACCAGGUAAAGGGCCCCAUGACAGGCGUCAUCGUGCAGCUGUUGGGGCUGGGCUGGAACCCAAGGCGGCUGGACAGCUGGACCAGCCCAGCAGGAGAUGGGUGGGCGUACCGACCAGAAGACAUCCCACACAUCGGAGCGCUUCUCCAGAAGGUCCAGCUGAGUGCUCAGCAACAGCUCUGGCAGCAAGCGGCGGAGCAUCGGCACGGUGCAGGACUGCAGGAGGGGGGCGACCUCUACCAGCUGCAUGGGCACCUGAGGAGGAGGCGACGCAAAGGGCAACACGCCGAGGCGGCCAUGCUGGAGACCAUCGCAGUGGCAGGUAUUUGGACGAGGGAGCGGCGCAGAGCAGCGAACCUCAACCAGGCAGGGGAAGGCAUCUGCGCUAGGUGCGGAGAGGCGACCGAGACGGAAACGCACCGUUACUACACCUGCCCCGCAGACGAGGAUAUUGACCACAGCAACAACACCGACCUAGCCAAGCAGGCCAUCGAUGCGCUCGACCAGCGGCAGGACGAGCACUUCUGGCUCAGAGGGGCCCCACCAGCAGCAUGGGCAGUAAAGGUUGACCCAGGCGAGGACGUCGAGAGGGCGGCCCACAUCUUCUGCACCAGCGCGGGGGCCCAAGCAGCAGCGCAGGCUACGGAGAUGUGGCUGGGCGGUGGCGGCCUUCAGGUGGCAGCUUGGCACGGCACGAUCAGAGCGCCGCACACGGUGCCACGGGCGGAGCUCACGGCCAUGAGCAAGGCCAUCGGCUACACGACGGCGGCUUCAGCACGUGGGCUCAACAUCGCCAGUGAUUGUAAGUGCGCCCUGGAUGCCCUCAAACAGGUUCAAGACCCAGAGGACCUCGACUACCGGAGCACCAAUUUUGACUUCUGGCUCAUGGCCAAGCGGUAG